UAUGCAUCUAUUAGAGCUUGUUGUAAACCGGGGGCCGUGCUUCAGGCGCUAGAGCCGCUGUACCACGAGUGACGUCCCCCCAUAAAUAUUGAAAUAAACAGAAAUGAACACUGCCCGUUGAUCUCAAAUAUCUCGAGUCUCGCACUUGCUGUCUCUCAUUUUCGCCCGCUGUUCGAAUAAGAAAAAGAAAAAAAUAAAUCAAAAUUAAAACUAAAUUAAAUUAAAACAAAACCAGAGCAUCAUGGAAGUGCCGCCCCCCGAUAUAUUCGUCAGAGAAGUCGAGACUGCCAUUGGCGCCCUCAUCCAAGCCUCCAAGCUCAGCCAGCUCAUCGUCUCGUCCACCGACAAGGGCACCAUCACCAAGGACGACCUCAGCCCCGUAACCAUCGCCGACUUCGCCGUUCAGGCUCUGCUGAUCUCCUCAUUCAAGGAAGCCUUCCCCAACGACACCUUUGUUGGCGAGGAAGACGCCGCCGACUUGCGGGCCAAUGAUGCGCUGAUGUCUCGUGUUUGGGACCUUCUCAACACCAUCGCCCAGGAUGAACUCACCCAACAAGGCGCCUGUAAGCUGCCGCAGUCAAAGGCACACAUGUGCGACUUGAUCGACCAAGCCGGCUCGAGCAGCCCGGGAGGACCAGGAUCCGGCAGAGUCUGGGUGUUUGAUCCCAUUGACGGCACCAAGACCUACGUCAGGGGCGAGCUGUAUGCCAUCAACAUCGGCCUCAUUGUUGACGGCAAGCAGGCAUUCGGUGCUGUUGCAUGUCCGAAUCUGUCAUUGCGGCACACCGGAGAUCUCAAGAACGAAAGUGCUGAUCCCAAUGGCAAUGGCUGCAUCUUGCUUGCCAUCAAAGGCCACGGCGCCUUUUACAGAUACUUGGAUGAGCACAACAAAGAGCUGAAGAGCAAUCUUUUUUCGAUACCAUCCACUUUUGCAGGAAACCAUACUGGCUUCGUCACAUGUACCGGCCUCGUCGAUUCGGCUCUCGACGGCGUCCACGACGUUGUUGCUCAGCGCCUGGGCCUCCGCUUUCCAGGCAGCGAUAUCGUCCCCUGGGUCGUGCGAUGGGCUGCUCUGGCCCUCAGCAUAGGCAGCGUCACUGUCUGGGUGUAUAAGCGCCGUGAUCGCUAUGCAAAGGCCUGGGACCAUGCGGGCGCCAUGCUUCUCUUUGAAGAGACGGGCGGCAAGAUUACCGAUGUGCAUGGCAAGGAUAUUGACUUAUCGGCCGGGAGAAAGCUGAGCAACAACUUUGGAUUUGUGGCUGCGCCUGCGGCGUUGCAUUCCAAGGUGCUGGGCAUUGUGCAAGAUGUGCUCAAAGAACAGGGCCGAGAUGAGUUUCUGCAGUAGCUGGCUGAGUUGCCUACGAGACAGCACAAAAUAAAACAAAGAAAAAAAAGAGGAGGAAAGACUUGCUAAACUAUAGUAGCAUUGUAUACAUGUUAA